AAUAUAUUUUAAAUUUAAGAAAAUGUGAUUAUGUGUCACUCUCUGCGGCCAAAACCCUAGCUGUUUCUGUGCAUCUUGAUUGUAUCCGGUAGGUUUACCAGUCUCGUGGCUUUGAUCGUCGGAUUUGCUGUCUCAUGGAGAGCUCCGAUGAUGAGAAAGAUGGCCACUAUGGUAAAUGCAUGGGCAAUGGACCAAGGCCUACCUCUGCCAGUGGUACAAAAUUUGUAGAUGAUGUUCUCAAUGGUACCAAUGAGCGUUGUUUAGAGAACUUUCGCAUGGACAAACACGUUUUUUAUAAGUUGUGUGACAUAUUACAAGCUAAAGGUCUACGCCACACUAGCCGAAUAAAGAUUGAGGAGCAAUUAGCCAUAUUUAUGUUCAUUAUUGGCCAUAGCCUACGUACUCGGGCAGUACAGGAGCUGUUUAAGUACUCCGGGGAGACCAUUAGCCGCCACUUCAACAAUGUCCUGAAUGCAAUAAUGGCCAUUUCUUUAGACUUCUUUCAGCCUCCAGGUUCUGAAAUUCCUCCAGAAAUCCGUGAUGAUCCAAGAUUUUACCCUUAUUUCAUGGAUUGUGUCGGAGCUGUUAAUGGUAUACAUUUCCCGGUAAUCGUGGGUGUAGAUGAGCAAGGACCUUUCCGUAACAAAAAUGGUGUUCUUUCACAAAGUGUUCUGGCUGCAUGCUCAUUUGAUAUGAAGUUCCGUUAUGUUCUAGCUGGUUGGGAGGGCUCAGCGUCAGAUUUACGAAUUUUAAGUUCAGCUCUUACAAGGCGAAACAAACUCGAAGUCCCUGAAGGUAAAUACUUCCUUGUGGAUUCCAAAUAUGCAAACAUUCCAGGGUUCAUAGCUCCGUAUGUAGACGCUCCAAAUGGGUUAGUUGAAUAUGAAGGAGGAUUCCAACCACAAGAUGCCAAAGGGUUAUUCAAUCAUCGCCACUCGUUAUUGCGAAACAUCAGUGACAGAACAUUUGGGGCUCUAAAAGAACGUUUUCCCAUAUUGAUGUCGGCUCCUCCUUACCCUUUAACAACACAGGUGAAGCUGGUGGUAGCAGCCUGUGCUCUACACAAUUACAUCCGCAACGAGAACCCAGAUGACUGCAUCUUCAAAAUGCAUGAACAUGAAGAAGGUUGUGUUCCACAAUUACUUGAUUUUGAAAAGCCAGAGAUGAUGGUGAGUGAAAUGGUGGACAUAGAUGUACCCUUUAAUGCCCAAGAAAUACAAGAUACUUCACAAUUGAGAGACUCCAUUGCUGCUGAGAUAUGGAAUGAUUAUGUUCAUGAUUUCCCAAUAAUCUAAGCUACCUUUGUUUAUACAGCUUUUCUUUUUGCUCUUUGGUUUUAGCUUUAGAUGGUACAUAUCUAACUUGAUGUACUCUUUAUUGAUUCCAUGAGAAUAUAUAAUAUCAAAUGGUAAAA